UUACCAGGUCAUAAAAUCCCUUAAAAAAAUUGAGAAUUUAAAGCCGAAGCAAUAGAAUCACUAAAUUAAAAACAAUGUCUAAAAUAUUUACACCUACGAAUCAAAUACGUCUCACAAAUGUGGCGAUCGUAAGAUUAAAGAAAGGCGGAAAGAGGUUUGAAAUAGCCUGCUACAAGAACAAAGUGCUGUCUUGGCGAAAUAAACUAGAAAAAGACAUUGAUGAAGUUUUACAGACUCAUACCGUCUUUACAAAUGUUUCCAAAGGACAAGUUGCAAAGAAAGAAGACUUAAUAAAGAUUUUUGCCAAAGAAGAUCAAACGGAGAUAUGCAAAGAAAUUCUGGAGAAAGGAGAACUACAGGUUUCAGACAAAGAAAGACAUUCACAGAUAGAUUCUUUAUUUAAAGAUAUUGCAACUACUGUAGCUGAUAAAUGUGUCAAUCCAGAAACAAAACGACCAUAUCCAGUUUCUAUAAUAGAGAAGGCAAUCAAAGAUGUCCACUUCUCAGUCAAUGUAAACAAAAGUGCAAAACAACAAGCUUUAGAUGUGAUACAAAUAUUAAAGAAUGAAAUACCUAUUGAAAGAGCUCAAAUGAGAGUAAGGAUAUUACUCACUGGUAAAGAUGCUCGGAAAACUAAGGAUAAAGUUGUUAAGCUUGCUACAACAGUGGAAGAUGAAAACUGGGAAUCUGGAACUGCUAACAUUGUGUGUCUUAUAGAUCCUGGCAACUUUAGAAGUUUGGAUGAAAUGAUAAGAACUGAAACAAAGGGCACAGGGCAAUUUGAAUUAUUGAAUUUGAAGGAAAUGGUUGAAGGUGACCAAGCACUUUAGUUGUAUUGUUGCAAUUUUUCUGUAUUAAAUAAUUGUAAACUAA